CCCGAACUACGUCAGCAGCAGCAGGAGCUGAGGCAGCAGCGCCACACCGGGGUUUAGGAAUGGGUGACGAGGAAUGAUCACCACCACCAGGAAAAAUCACCAAGAACCGUCAAAUGCACGGAUUAAGAUGUGACUGCCAGUAAGGCGUUUUCGCGUUUACGAGUCGAGUCCAGGAGAACUAUUUUGGGGAAACUUAAAUUUUGCCGGAGGUCCUCUGUCAACCCGAGCGUUGCUGUUUUAAAGCGAGUCUGUUGCAUAUCCAGGGAUGGCUAGCUGAGCUAACCUAGCCGUAACAAUUAGCCUGUCCAUUUAGCUAUCCUGGUUACUGGAGCCGCGGUCUGUGAGAGGACACCAGCUCCAAACGCCGCUGUCUUGCGGUAGUUUUAGUCGUGUUAUUAUUCGGCGAGCCGUUUGUAGACGUUGGAGUUUGCCCUUCUGUUUGUACAGUGGAUGGGCAGUUUGACGGGCGCUCAUUGUCACUGCGCGGGCGUAAGGCUUUGCUUUCGGGGCGGCUAGGUUUGUGCUCGGCCGGGCAACCAGCGCAGUGUUUGUACAAAUGUGGCAGUGGCAGUGGCAGCCAACUGUGUCCCACUGUGUCUGGGGCCGAAGUUUGUAUUCUUAAAUUCAUAACCGUUUUAUGAUUGAAUGCUGUAGUUACACGGGAAGGGAAAAAUAUACAGUAUUGUCAUGGUAGCCUGUUUGCAACAUUAGCAACGUUUAGCUCGCCAAGUAAUAUCAGCCUCUCUGAAAAGUGCUGCAAAUAAAAUGGUAAUUUGCACCGUCGUUGAAUAUCGUACAUGUUUAUGGCCAUGUUGUGUUGUAAAUCUUCUGUGAUCAGCUGUCAGACCCCGUAGCCUGAUGAUUUAGACGUUGACGAAGCUGUCAAAUUUUUCAUACCGUUUCACCCUCGACGUGGAACGGCCGUAUUCUCCAGUGAACUUGGUUAACAGCGUCUGGAAGUAACUCUUGAGUGUUUUUCAUUUAAUUGAUAAAUUAGUGUGAGGUGUAGCCCGGCGCCCCUUGUCACACGGGCUUUUUAGCUCAUGUGGUGAUGACUUUAGACUCCAUGAUGGCUUGUUGCCUGAGUGAGGAGGCGAAGGAAUCCAAACGAAUCAACGCUGAGAUCGAGAAACAAAUCCGGCGAGACAAGAGAGAUUCAAGACGGGAGCUGAAGCUGCUUCUGCUGGGUACUGGAGAGAGCGGCAAGAGCACUUUCAUCAAACAGAUGAGAAUAAUCCAUGGUUCAGGCUACUCGGACGAGGACAAGAAGGGCUUUACCAAACUGGUGUACCAGAACAUCUUCACCUCCAUGCAGGCCAUGAUCCGUGCAACUGAGACCCUCAAGAUCCCAUACAAGUAUGAACAGAAUAAGAAUAAUGCCCAGCUUGUGCGUGAGGUUGACGUGGAAAAGGUGUCGUCAUUUGAUCAGCCGUACAUUGGUGCGAUAAAGAUGCUGUGGGCCGACCCUGGCAUCCAGGAGGCCUAUGAUCGCAGGAGGGAGUACCAGCUCUCUGACUCAACCAAAUAUUACCUUAAUGAAUUAGAACGAAUAGCUUCAUCGGGGUACGUGCCCACUCAGCAGGACGUCCUGCGGGUACGAGUGCCUACCACCGGUAUCAUUGAGUACCCAUUUGACCUGGCGGAUAGUAUCUUCAGGAUGGUGGAUGUGGGGGGUCAGAGGUCAGAGAGAAGGAAGUGGAUCCACUGCUUUGAGAAUGUCACCUCCAUCAUGUUCCUGGUGGCGCUCAGCGAGUAUGACCAAGUCCUGGUGGAGUCGGACAAUGAGAAUCGUAUGGAGGAGAGUAAAGCUCUGUUCAGGACUAUCAUCACAUAUCCUUGGUUCCAAAACUCCUCGGUCAUCCUCUUCCUCAACAAGAAGGACCUGCUGGAAGAGAAGAUCAUGUACUCUCACCUGGUUGACUACUUUCCAGAAUUUGACGGUCCCCAGCGCGAUGCCCAGGCCGGCCGCGAGUUCAUCUUGAAGAUGUUUGUGGACUUGAACCCAGACAGUGACAAGAUCAUCUACUCCCAUUUCACGUGCGCCACCGACACGGAGAACAUCCGCUUUGUCUUCGCUGCUGUCAAAGACACCAUCUUGCAGCUCAACCUCAAAGAGUACAACCUUGUUUGAAGGAGAAACGGAAAAUAGAAAGUGAUGGAGUGAGAGCCAGCAAGAGACCUGUAGCCACCCCACCCCACCCCACCCAGACACACCAAAAGCAAACUCCACACACACACAUGCACCGACAUGAAACACACAGCUGCAUAGAGAUGAGCUUUGUUUUCUACUUUACCAGACCAACUUUACUCUUGCUCUUUCAGUUGUGUGUUUGCUUCUUUUCUUCUUUCUUUUUUUUUUAAUGGUUUUCUUGUUUUAUUAAUCACUCCUCUUGCACAGACACACAUAAAACACACUAAUAUACACUAUAACACUCCUAUCACCCGUUUUUAAUAGUUUUGGUCUGGGGGGGUGGUCCUCUUUUGGGCCUUGUCGUUGCUCACAUUUCUUUCUUUCUUUCUUUCUUUACACUACAUUAUCCACAGUGUUUGUGUAUGUGAGGUGGUUAGAGGGCCUUCUUUGGGCAGAGUAAGCUUUUAUGGAGUAAGGGCUUUCUCUUGUUAUUUAACCCAUGCAUGCUAUACACUACAGGACGAGGGAUCGAGGCCAGGCUGCAGGCUCUGGACUCACUAACUAUGAUAAUAGGGAUAUAUUAUCAGGCAGUGCUGGGCUGCAGCGAGGCACCUCUUGGUUCCCCUCCGGUCUUUAGUUGUGUAUUUGCAAUUUUCUUUUGGCAAACCUGCCCCAAACCGGAGCACAGGAGCUCUUUUGAAUGUAAAUAAAGUUUUUGUGGUGCUCAUACAAAGGUGAGGGGUAGAUAAAGACAACUACACAUUCUCUAUAUAUUUUAAAUAUUUUCCGCUAUAUUACUUUCUUGGUUAUAUUAUUGCUUUUAUAGUUCUCCUGUUCAAGUUGAAUUGAAGAUGACCAUCCUACAGAAAGAGUCACAAUCUUUUCCUUUAUACGCUGCUUCUCACCGUUAAGAGUCGACCAACAUCUUGAAAGACAAAAAAAAAGAUCGAGACACAGCACUUAAAAGUAUUUACACACCACGUAUCAACUCUCAUGUUAUUUUUUUACCACGUUGCCAAAUUCAAACCACACACGUGUUCUGUAAAUAUAAUUACAUUGCCAGUAUCCUGUUCGUCACCUCAAGUCGUUGAGAUACCAACAAAACAUAUUUGGAAACUGGCAUUGCCGUAGCAAAUGUUUUCUCGUAUUGGAUCUUUCAGACAUCGGCGUGGCGUAACAGCUCACUUUUGUGUGGCAUUUCCUUCCAUGUCGACGGUUUGUCUUAAUCACACGGUGUAUCAGUACCGUCUCCACUGAUCACAACCUGUGAAUGACGACACUACAUUAAUCCAGUGCGGUCGUCACUUGUAGAUAAAGCUUUCGCGCUGCCAGUUCACAAGUUGGUCUUGAUCGUCCAAAUCGCUCGUCAUCAAAUUGAUUUGACACCAUAUUAUUCAACUAACAUUUGAUAAACUGUAAGUGAUAGCACGGGAGUAAAUACUUCUUUUUUUGUGUCUAAUUUAUCAAUCAAUCUAUGUAUUGUCAACAGUAAAUGAGACUUCCUCCCUAGUUUCCGGUGCAAAGUUUUUCCAGCUGUCGGAGAUGGAAGGAGAUUUUAUACUGCUGUAAUAUAUCAAGACUAUUUUAUGGACAAGUGUUCUAUCUUUCUAAUGAUACUUAAUAUUUUAAGUUGUUGGAGUUCUGUUUUUGAAAUUCUUGACAACGGACAAACCGUUUCCAUGUCGGGGUUUAUGCUUUAUGCAAAUAGGAAAAUGAAAACAGACAAAAAAAAAAACAUAGUGGUUGAAUAUUUACUGUUCAAGGAUGCUUGCUUUUUUUGGAAUUUGUAUUUGGCUCUUGGUACCGAUCCCAUAUUGUGUCUCUUGCCUGAUAGUUGUUUGAAUAUUCCAUUGAGCUGAACGUUGAUAGAUGGCUAUUUUUUGUCUUCACAAUGUAAUUCAGGUAAGUUUUCAUAACUUUUUCAUCACAAGGGCUACUUCUAGCGGCUUUGGUAGAAAUGAAAGGACUAUAGACGGUGUACGGUAUAGCAACAGGUGAGGUUUAUUAAUCAGAAGUGAGAUUACGUUUGUCGUCCCACUGAGGAUGAGGGACACUGGUUUAGUGGGGGGCGGGAGGGUGCAGCGGUCCACAGAUGCCCACUUGGCGUUUGUGUGCUGGCUGUUAGCUCUUUGUCCGCUGUUGCCUUUAGAAAAGGUUAAUGACUAAUAUCAAAAGAAAAGGCGUUUCCCAAGGUGCAAAAGCACAUUGUUUGUGUCGCAGCUGUUGUACCUAAACAUUUCUUUUGGUCUUUUUUUUUUAAUUUUUUUUUACAAAUUUUGUGCUGACAUUAUUGGCUUUACGAUCAUUUCUACUACGUGGUUAUGUGUUCUUGCUUCAUCUUCUCAUUGGUAGUGUAGCCAUGGUUGACUUUGCCGUCGUCUGUGUUGGAUUCAGAAAAAAAAGCUUGGACAUCUUAAAAAAAUUUAAAAUGGUGCAAUGAUUUAAACCCAUUCAGACUAAACUUAACAGAAAUUAUUUAUUUUAAAUCGUUUGCCAAAAUGUUUACACUUAAAAUGGUCUUUGUUCUACUUAUUUAGAUGAUCACAAAUCUCAUGCAAAUGUACGUUAUAUUAAUGAUGCCAUUUAGACUUAAAUGUAAUCCGAAACGUUAUUGAGGGACAUAAAAAUAUGUAUUUAUUCUAAGUGCCACAAUUUUGAAUGAUCUCAGAACAGACUUAUGAAGGUAACGGUUUUAUUUCCAACAUUUAAAAGCCUUCUCUUCCUGCUAAUGUAAGGUUCACACACUUUCGUCCUAACAAAUUAGUUUUCUGUGUACUACAUUUCAGCCCAUUUAUCCUUUUGAAAUUAAAAGCCUAUGUAGUUUUGGAUGAAUAAAUUGACUUGAGCGGUCUGUUUUUUCGCUGCUGGGGAAACAUGCUGAUGUCCAUCUGUGUGUUGUGUUUUUUUAAUUUCUUGGCAUCUCCUUAACUACAGCUUUACAACCUUUAGACCCAGUGUGUGGCUGGCUCAUUGCACGUCAUUCUCAUGUAGAUGAUUAGAUGUCUAGCAAAUUGACUUGAAUGACUGCAGCGAGGAUGAUAAAGGUGACCAGUGUCGGUGUAAUAGUUUUGACUCUGAUGAGGUGGUGGUGCCUCUCUGGUUAAUCCAGCGCCAGAGUCGACACAGAGAGAGCGUCAGAUGGGUACACUUACCAGUGUUUGAAUGCGGAGCAGAGCUGGUUCAUUUGUCUAAAAAUCCUCUGCAUUUGUUUGUACUGUAUUUGCUUUAUCUGCACGGAAUGCAAGUUGGAGGAAGUUUGUGCGACAAUCCAGUACAAAAACACUGUGCCAAGCAGAAAAUCAAUCAGCAAUUGAAAAGAUAUCCAAAAGUAAACAUUUGGAGUAACUUGACCCAGAUUUGCAUCUUUAGUUAAUCCAAUUUGUUUUUUCCAAAUGAAGCUUGAGUGUUGAGCCUCAGUAUUAAUGUAUUUAUUGAAAUUAUUUCAAAGUGAAGGUACUGAAAUGGCUAUUAAUAUAAUAUUUUGGUGGUUAUGGUAAGGAGCGCGUUUACAUGUCCACUAUUGUCCACUUUUCUUUGGUUUCCUCCCUUACUUGAUUGGACUGUGUAUUCUUUCCCCGGGUCGAAGGCACUGAAACUGCAACACUGCAAUGGGCCUGCAUUCAUGCAACUUAGACGUCCUUUUCAAACGCGCUUAUUGGUACUCUAAGGUGUGCGUGUGUGCGUGUGUAUACACGUUUGAUGGCUAUUGCUUAUGCUCGAGAUCCAUUCUGUUAAGAGGGAUGGACAUACAGUGAUAUUAAAAGCUAUCUUUGCUUUUUUUUUUCUUCUCUUUUGUAAGGUUGACACACCUUAACAUGUGUAUUUAGGACCACUUAAGAUGAAAGACUUUUUUUAAGAGUUAAAAUUUGUGUAGUGGUGUACAAAUUGAAAGUAAUGUAUUUUUGGUUUUUUUUCUCUUUAUUUUUUUUUUUUAAGUAUACCAAAUGUAAAUUAUGUACAAUGAGUGUGCCAAUCCCCUUUCUUUGUAAAGCCAGACUCUUAACAAGUGCCAAUGUUGUGAAAAAUAAGAGGGCCUGUGAGUUUCAUGGUCCUGUUUUUAAAACAAAUAAACAAUAAGUAUGUGAUUAAUUAACAAAAAAAGGACAGUUUUAUUCUAUAUUGAAGAUUAAUAAUGAACUGCUGUUUUUAAAAAUAACUGUCAUUUUAAUUGCAUGUGUUUACCAGGUUAGGGAGGGAGUGGGUGGGUGAGAUACUGUAUUCAUGCAACACCCUCAUGAAAAGGGUUUUAAUGGUUAUUGAUUUACUGUAUUUUAGCCAUAUUUCUCUUUUGUAUGUUUCAUUUCAACCACUGUUGCCUGAACCUCAUUCAGACAUGAAAAUGAUUUUUCAUAGCCUUCUCCUUUAAAUGUUUUGAAUUGGAAUAAAAUAUGUUCCUAUACUCUC